ACCGAGUGGGAGUGGAGUGGAGCGGCCGUUGUUGCCGACUCUUUCCUCCUCCCCACGGUCCAGUCAGCGGGUUGAUUAGGCCAUCGGCCCUCAAGCCGAGACUUGUCUCUUAUUUAGUUCUGGGGAGCGCCUGGCCGACAUGAGUGAUGUAGAGGAGAACAACUUCGAGGGCAGAGAGUCUCGCUCUCAGUCAAAAUCUCCAACGGGAACUCCUGCUCGUGUAAAAUCGGAGAGCAGGUCAGGAUCUCGUAGUCCAUCAAGGGUUUCCAAACACUCUGAAUCCCAUUCUCGAUCAAGAUCAAAAUCCAGGUCGAGGUCAAGGAGGCAUUCUCAUAGACGUUACAGUCGAUCCAGAUCCCAUUCUCACUCUCAUAGGAGACGAUCUCGAAGUAGGUCAUAUACACCAGAAUACCGACGUCGAAGGAGCCGAAGUCAUUCUCCAAUGUCUAACCGGAGAAGACAUACAGGCAGCAGGGCAAAUCCUGAUCCCAAUACUUGUCUAGGAGUGUUUGGCCUCAGUUUGUACACAACAGAGAGAGAUCUUCGAGAAGUAUUUUCUCGAUAUGGACCGUUGAGUGGUGUCAAUGUGGUUUAUGACCAGCGAACUGGACGGUCACGGGGAUUUGCUUUUGUUUAUUUCGAGAGAAUAGAUGACUCAAAGGAGGCUAUGGAAAGGGCAAAUGGAAUGGAACUGGAUGGUAGAAGAAUUCGGGUGGAUUAUUCUAUCACCAAGAGAGCACACACACCAACACCAGGCAUAUACAUGGGCAGACCAACUCACAGUGGUGGUGGUGGCGGUGGCGGCGGUGGUGGAGGUGGGGGAGGUGGCAGACGUCGAGAUUCUUACUAUGAUCGAGGAUAUGAUCGUGGGUACGACAGAUAUGAAGACUAUGAUUACCGGUACAGAAGAAGAUCACCUUCUCCUUAUUAUAGUCGAUACAGAUCACGAUCAAGAUCUCGAUCCUACAGCCCAAGACGCUAUUAAUAAGCAGAGCAGUUGCAGUUGAGGACAUCUUUUUCUCUUUUUUUAAUUCUGGAUUUCCCCAAGCUUCUAAUCCUUUCUCCUCCUCAAAAAGAACCCUUAAAAAAUCUUUGGUUUGUUUAGCAUCUCCACUUUGUCAAUUGUAUUGCUAUUUUCCACCCCUUUUAUUAUAUUCUUAAAGAUGUAAUUGUCAUUUUUGAGUAGUUAAACAUCUUGAGUAAAAAAGGAACCCCCCCGUGUUAUGCUUUGUAAAUGAUUUUUUUGUUUGUUUUUUGCUUUCAUGGAAAAUUCACUCCUAGCUUAUCAAAAUGAGGAAAGAAAUGAUCUUUUUAAAGCUUCUUUUGUGUUAGAUAUUGUAUUAGACAUUGUAUUAGAGGUCUGCAUUUACUACAAACUCCUUUUUUAACUUUCUUUUGGGGAAGUUAGUAGUAGUUCAGUCAGGUCAAGUUUGUCUGGGGUGGCAUGGAACAGUCAAAUAGUUAAGUAUAGAAAGUUUGAAGCUAUAGAAGAAAAUACUUACUUGGUCAUUUCUUUUGAAGAACAUAAUUUUUGAACCCUAAAAAUUACUUCUUUUUUUAGAAAUGAAAAGCUUGUGGACUC